GCCCCAGCUGAAGAUCUCAUCCAAUUUGCAGCUCAUUCCCCAGUUAUGGACAUGGAUACCUUUACAACCCUCAAUCCUGAGGAGGUUAAGAAAUUAAGUCCUCAAAAUCUAAAAGAAUUACUUGACACGAAUCUCUCUGAGCUAAACACCAUUGUUGAGCAUUCUACAGUACAGGCUUGGAUAAAGGCUCAUACCCAGUCAGAAGUGAAUGCCAUUGGGCUCAAGAUUAUGGCUGGACAUCCAGACCCAACACCUGAUGGCUUCUUUGUUUUAACAUCAGCACCACCCAUUUCCAGAGCGGAAGGAGCCCUCUUGAAAGAACACAUAAGCCAGAUUUCUUACACUACCCUCCUCACCCUCUGUGGAGUAAUGAUUUCCUUGGGGGCUUCAUAACUAUUUGAGAAUAUAUGACAGCACCAUAUCAUUUGUAAAACCAGCACAAAAGAGAAAUUGCAAUCUACCCAAAUGUACAAGUGAUUUGCCACCUGUUUCUUGAAUGGAGAAUAUAAGGAUACGUUGUGAGAAGUCCUUAACUUUUAACUGCAGCAGCUU